AUGCCAAAACUCCCCACUUUACGGCCUCGAAUAGUGCUGUUUGAUCGAUCAAACAACGGGAAUGUGAGUGGGAAGAUCAUUUGUAUCGGAAAACAUGGUUACCCGCUUCAUACUGAAACAUUCAAUUGCUAUAAAGGCUCUCCAAAUCAGAAAGUGGAGCCAAGAGGUGUUGACUUUUCAGAGGCUGAGCAGGCAGUAAAGAAAUUUUUCUGGACUCUGCAAUCACAAACUAUUCCAAAUUUGUCAUCUUCCAUACUACCUGUCGAUACAUCUCUGAUCAUACCUCUGGAUCUACCAAAUCCUGAUGAGAUCGACCUUAAUUUACCAGAAAAUAAUUUGGAUACAUUUGAACCAAAUGAUGCUUACGUCCCGCAAUGUGGAUCCCUUUCAUUUGGUGAUUGUGACAUGAUUGAGCAAUACUUUUAA